AUGAAUCCUAACAAGAAUUGAAGCAACCAUCGUUGAAAUUUGACGAAGCCAGAAAAAACCCCACUUUUCUCGAUCAAUCAAAUCACGCGUACGUCGUUGUUAUCUAUAUCCUGAAGUCCAAGGUCUGAAGCUCGCUAAGCUUCUUGCAUAUUUUCUAGAAAAGGAAUCCCAAUGUAAAAACUUUCAAGCUCUGUUUUUUCGGAGAAUUGACUGGUGUGACUGAAUGGGGGAUGGGGAUAAGACAAGGAGAGUCGUUUUCGUGACUGUAGGGACGACUUGUUUUGAUGCUCUUGUGAGAGCAGUGGAUUCCCAGAAUGUUAAAGAAGAGUUGGUUGCAAAAGGGUAUACACACCUUCUCAUCCAAAUGGGUCGUGGAUCCUAUGUUCCUACAAAGUCUGAAGGAGAUAGUUCGUUGACUGUAGACUACUUCACUUUUUCAUCCAGUAUUGCAGAUCAUCUCAGAUCAGCUUCUCUUGUCAUUAGCCAUGCUGGGUCAGGUAGCAUAUUUGAGACAUUGCGGCUGGGAAAACCUUUAAUUGUGGUUGUAAAUAAAGAUUUGAUGGAUAAUCAUCAAAGUGAGCUUGCAGAAGAACUUGCCAACGGAAAGCAUCUGUAUUGUGCAAGUCCUGAAACACUCCAUCAAACUAUAGCAGAUAUGGAUUUAAAAUCUCUCCUUCCUUACACUCCAGGUGAUGCUACACCAGUGGCCAAGCAUAUAAACAGAUUUCUUGGUUUUCCUGAUGAUUGAUCUGAAGGGUUUUUUUAUUUAUUUAUGUUAAAUCUUUGAGUGACGAUAAUCGAUUCUGGUAAUAUCUGGAUGCCCCCAGAUAUUCUAAUUUUGAAUUGCUAAUGCUGUAUUGGAGAUCAUAUUCUAAGCAAGCAAUAUAAGUGGUGUGUACCUAAUGAUUUUGGAUUCAGCUCUUUUAGGAACUCUUGUACUUUUAUUUUCAACGCGUAACUUUUGCAGGUUAAGU